GUUCAUUGCUCGCACUCUUGAACACGUUUGAGCAUUGUGGUCGGGAUGUUCAACGCGGUCCUGCUGUGUGAUGUUCCCAUUUAUGCGAAGUUAUUACUUGAAAAAGCCGCAGGAAUAUGAAGGACAUGUUGCCCCGACUCAAUUUAUACAGUGUUAAUGCGAAUCCAGGAUCUUAAAUUGACUCGAAUUAAACGAAGAAUGUGUGGACUGUGCUGGCGGUAGAUAUAUGAAAUGCAGAAUCUCUGAGUGGGCCUCACAUCUGCAGAAGAAAUUCCAUGAGCGGCGAGUGUGGCUGCAGGGAGGUGUAACGUGUGUUCGGGACUGGCUACAGGGCUUUUGGAGUUUAAAGGGAAUUAUAAGCGGUGGGACGGACAGACUCCAUGGCUCGAGAAAAGAAGAAAGGAGGAGUCCUUCCUCCAGAUGGUGGCUGGGGGUGGAUGAUCGUGGCUGGCUGCUUUGUGGUAACAGUUUGCACACGAGCUGUCACAAGAUGCAUCUCCAUAUUCUUUGUUGAAUUUCAAAUGCACUUUGCAAGAGAUUAUUCUGGGACAGCUUGGAUUCAUUCACUAGUGGACUGCACAACCAUGCUCUGUGCUCCACUUGGAAGCCUGAUUGGGAAUCGGUUGUCAUGCCGUGUCGCUGUAAUACUAGGAGGAUUCCUGGCAUCUAUAGGACUUGUACUCAGCUCUUUUGCUACAAGUCUGGAGUAUCUUUACCUUUCUCUGGGAGUCCUAACUGGGCUUGGCUUUGCACUUUGUUACACGCCGGCCAUUGCCAUGGUUGGCGUGUAUUUCUGCGAGAGAAAGGCUUUGGCCUAUGGCAUCGCCAUGUCUGGAAGCGGCAUCGGGACUUUCGUCCUGGCUCCUCUUGUGCAGCUACUUAUUGAACAAUACUCAUGGCGUGGGGCCCUGCUUAUUCUGGGUGGCUUUGUGUCUAAUCUGUGUGUAUGUGGAGCUCUGUUACGGCCCAUCGUUUUGAAGGAAGAGGAGGCCUGCCCUCUUCCGGUAGACUCAGAGUCUGGCUAUAAUGUCAAACUGUUUGCGCGGAAUGGUGUCCAUACAAAGAAGACCACAUGUGUUAAACUACAAGUGAAUGGUAAACAAAGCUGUCUUCAGUCCAUGCAAGAAUAUAGCUUUCUGCUCAUGCCCGACUUCCUAGUGCUGGCUGGCUCCUUCCUGCUCCUGGCUAGUGGUUGCAGUCUGCCAUUUGUGUAUUUGGUGCCAUACGCACUGGAUGUAGGUUUAAGUCAUCAACAUGCUGCCUUCCUAAUGUCCAUAUUGGGAGUCAUCGACAUCAUAGGCAACAUCACGUUUGGCUGGUUCACUGACAGGAGGUGUAUGAAAAAGUAUAGGAAUAUAUGCUACCUGUUUGCAGUGGGAAUGGAGGGAUUAUGCUGUCUUUUUAUUCCACUCUUGCAAACGUUUGCUCUGCUGGUACCUUUCUCGGUGCUCUAUGGCUACUUUGAUGGAGCCUAUGUUGCUCUUAUCCCUGUGGUCACAUCAGACAUUGUAGGAACGUCAUACUUAUCUUCAGCUCUGGGGGUUGUGUACUUCCUCCAUGCGGUUCCUUAUCUGGUCAGCCCACCCAUUGGGGGUUGGCUGGUAGACACCACAGGGACGUACACGGCAACAUUCUUUCUGAGCGGGUUUGCCAUGAUCUCAAGUUCUCUCCUGCUGUUCACAGCCGCCAUCGUUCGCCAUUACCAGAGAAAGGAAAAAAACUGUCUGAGCAAAGACCCACAACUGGAGUCAUGUGAAGACAAACAAGUGGACUACUAUACUUCAAAAAAGAAAGACCUGUUGGUAAUUAUCCCAGCCACGUCGUAACACUGGGACACUAAUUUGUUUCGCUUUCAAGUCUGUUGUAAUGAUGUUGUUGUUAGAAAAACGUUAUAUUAAAUAGAGAAAAAAGUUAUUGUUCAAUUAGCAGCAAAUUUGUCAUUAAUAUGUGUGAAAAUUUGUACCAGUAUAUCUACUUUGAGUGCCUUUGAAAAACAUUUCAUUCUAAUCUAGAAUGAACACUUGAGUGUCUCCGCUGCAUUAAGACAUAUUAAGUAUUCUUUUAAUUUUUCUCAUUUCUCCUCAUACAGUGAUAUGUCAACAAUGAGUGAGUGUUUAUUUGUGUAUGUUUUUCUUUCUUCUGUGGACCAUAAAAUUGCAGAAUGCAAGUCAGUGUAACUCAAGCUCCAGAUAGAGUAAUUAUUUUGUAUGUCAAUAGAGGGCAGUGCUGCAUUCGGUACUUGUUAACAGCCAAAGCUGCUCUUUUUCAUUCAAAUAAAAAGAA